CCUGAUGACCCGAUCAAUAUUCAAUUCACAUCCGGCACCACCGGUUCGCCCAAGGGUGCAACUCUCACCCACUAUAACAUUGUCAAUAAUGCCCGUUUUGUGGUUGGCACAUUGGGCUUUUCAGAAAUUGACAAAUUAUGCAUUCCGGUGCCGCUUUAUCACUGUUUUGGCAUGGUAAUGGGAACAUUGGGUUGUGUGACAACCGGGGCUGCAAUGGUGUUUCCGGCCGAGGCUUUUGAUGCUGUAUCGACGCUGAAAGCCCUAAAUGAAGAACGCUGUACAGCACUUUACAGUGUGCCGACAAUGUUUGUGGCAAUGCUGGAU